GAUGACCAGAGACUGCAGACACAGUACAGGGAUGACCAGAGACUGCGGACACAGUACAGGGAUGACCAGAGACUGCGGACACAGUACAGGGAUGACCAGAGACUGCGGACACAGUACAGGAGAUGACCAGAGACUGCGGACAUAGUACAGGAGAUGACCAGAGAUUGCGGACACGGUACAGGGAUGACCAGAGACUGCAGACACAGUACAGGGAUGACCAGAGACUGCAGACAGUACAGGAGAUGACCAGAGACUGCAGACACAGUACAGGAGAUGACCAGAGACUGCGGACAGUACAGGGGAUGACCAGAGACUGCGGACAG